UCACGUGAACUUUUUGAAGUGUUCAUUGGUAUAUUUUUACUUUUUUAAUUUGUCAAACCCCUUAAGUGCGUGAAAAUGAGUUAUAUAACUAUUGAAAUCGAUGAUAGUGACUCACCAGCUGCUGAUCAGAUGGAUUUUGAGACACAGGAACAGUCUAGCAAUGCCCAAUUUGAUAAGCAAGUCGGUGAUGAUGAGCAAGUCGUUGAUGAAGAGCAAGUCGGUGAUGCUGCCAAGGAGCAAGUUAUGAAUAAGACGUUGCUGCAAAUGGUCCUCUCCAAAAAGCAAUUGCAUUUGAGUUUGGCCAAACGCUGGGUGGCUUUUUACUUGGAGAGCCCCACAGCAGCCUUGGUUUCUCUGUUGCAGUUUGUGGUGGAGGCCAGUGGAAGUCACUACCAGAUUCCAGAGGAUACUUCAAUGCCAUUCAGCUACAGUGACAUCAUCUCCAACAGCUCAUUGCAUUUUCCCAAUACCUGCAUAUAUCCCCUGAUUAGGAAGCCGGCCGACGUCUUUGAACAUAAGGUGGGCACAUUUUUGAAAGCGCUGCUGAUGGUCGCCAAUGAAAUUCCUAUGGACCUAUACAACACAUUUCUAACCGAGAUGACGAACUUUGUGUUGGUCUGCUCGGAGUCUAGUACUCGUACUUUUCGCCACACCGGCACCAUGAUAGGUCUGAAAAUAAUGACCAUACUUAGCGAUCUGAAAUCCUCAGACGAUGAAAUGGCGAAGACAGUGUGGAUGGUGAUGUUCAACAGCAUGUUUGAAGUUCGUCGCCAGGACAUUGUUAACCUGAUACGGCUCCUCUGUCUUUCCGAACUUGGCCAGUGGUUCGCCAGAUAUCCGCAUUGCCAUAUUCAGCCACCCAGCCUCCGUAUUUUCUACGAAUCCUUGAAUAAUAGCUCAGGGGAAGCGAGGCAGUGCAGCUUAGAUAAUAUUUCAGUACUGUGCCGCAAGGAUGACCUCCUUCCGCAGUGCGUGGCAUUGGCCACUGAAUUUCGCGAGAUCUUACUCGAACUUUGCGUGGACAAGGAGGAUGAAAUAGCUGAAAAAUCCUUGCGUCUCCUCACCGAUUUCUAUAGAGUUACCCCAGAUUUUCUAUGUGACGGCGUUGGCCAGCUUCUGGAGCAACUGAUAAUGGCCGCAAAUCGUGGAUUGGCUCAAGCGGCCGCCGAUCUCUUCAUUCUGCGCAGAAACGGCUUGGAAGGAGAAUCCUUUUCCCAAAGAAUACAACCUCUUCUGCAGUUUUUCGUUGAGAGUGAACACGAACAGGCCGACCAUUUUGUGGAUUCCUUGUUCGACAACUGCGAAAUGGUUCUGGACUGGGAGCCCAUGAUAGCGGUGCUAAUGGAGAAUCCCAGAUGCCACCAACUAAGCGAGAUUUAUUGCUCCUCACUGAUUGCCAUCCUCCUAGCAGGAGUCAAGCAAGCCACCACUGGGGAGAUACCACCAGGCAGAUAUACCAAGGAUCUGAAAAGGGAGCCGAUGAAGGGCGCCCAGGAGAGGGCUACUAAGUUACUGGCACCCGUUCUGCCCGAACUCCUGCGACAGUACGCAAGCCGUUCAGAGGACAUAGAAAGACUCCUGGAACUUCCGAUGUACUUCUGCCUUGAGUACUACCGUGUGGGGAAUAGGAUGGGGCAGCUUACGGAAUUGCUUGAGCAGUUCGACAUCAUACUGUUCGAUCAGACAAGCACCACUUUGCUUCAAAUCGGAGUGCAAACUCUGGCGUUUCUGAACCGCAUGAUCCCAAACUCGCAUACGAAGCAUUUCCUCAACAGCGCGGUGACCAACUACAACCUGGCCUGUCAAAGGAUGCCAGACCCGAGCUCGGCGGAAUCUCCGCAAAAUAGGUCCAAUCGAGUGUUGGACACUCUGAGAUUGCUAACCGUCCUGAGCGGGCAUUUCGAUCUUACUGAAUGGCAGUUGACCGAGCUGCUUCUCUUCAGCCUGAAAAGAUUAGUUAGUGACCGCAGGAUGCCACAUGGAGCUAAUCCUCCGCCGGAGGCAUUGUCGCUAUACCUGAAGGCCAGCUUUUGCUGCUUAGGCUGGGACAUGGAAAACUUGAAGGAAACUUUUGAUAACGAAGGCAUGGAGGAGUAUUGCGCUGCCCUGAAUCAGAACCUAGAAGACUUCCUCUAUGUGACAUUCUCUCUGGUUGGCAGUGGUAGAACCGAACCACUGGCAUAUUCUUGCUUUUCAUAUACAUGCGAUCUGUUUGUGUUAAAUGGAAACCUCUGUGGAAGUGCGAAUCCCUCGAUACGUUCAGUUGCGCACGUACCGUCUGGAAAUGAGGUUGACAUCCUGGAGGGCUUCCUCAUGGAAAACUUCCUCGAGCUAAGUCCUGCGGAUCUCAUGAAGGAAUCCAACUUUGAUCAGCUGCAGAGGAUUCGAUCCAUCCUUACUAGUUACUUAAAACUGGUGUGCUUGGGAGUUAUGCCCGCCAUGAGAGCCUCAAAGUUCUAUAGGUAUUACGUAAAGUACCACGCUCCCUUUGGCGACGUUAUGAGAUGCUCCUUGGAACUCGCACUACAAGUGAAUCCCGUCCACUUCGCCAUGACCUUAUUGCACACAUGCUUGCUACUUUACGUGAAGAUAUUCACUGAUGGCAAUGCAGCUGGACGACUGCCUUUAAAGUCAGCAGAGUUCUCCGAGCUAAUGGAGCUGGCCAAUCGUUUGGCCAAAAUACUCAUUUCCAAUCCCAUGGAGCAUCGCGAGUGUAUGAUUGUGUUCCACAGAUCGGGCAUUAUGUUCGUCUUCGAAGCGACACAGAAACAACAUGCCGUGACCUCAAAAAAGUUACCUUUCUUGCGUGUCCUCAAGGUGUUUGUACCGCUGCUUUUGGUUCAGGACAAAGUUGGCAUAUUAACGUAUUUCCAGCACUUUGAGCAGCUGGUAAUGCCUACAUGCAAUAGCAAGGAUAUGAAAUAUUUGAAGGAUUAUCGAACCGCCCUGAGUCCUCGAAAAACAAAGUGUUCUUCUCAGGCAACUUAAAGAAGACAACUUCCCCGAUGUUAUAUGUAUCUAUAUAAUGUUUACAUGCGCAACUCCUUGCUAGUCGUUUAAACAG